ACAAGCAGCAGAUUACCUUUGAAGGUCCGUUAUGAGCUCCGAAACUCCGUGCAGAUCCAAGGAGUCUGGUUGACAGAAAUGGCAGAGUACCUCGGCUGUACGGAGGCGGCCUUCGAGUGGGCGGACAGCUAUGAUUCAAAAGACUGGGACCGCCUGAGGAAGUGCAUAGCUCCAACCCUUCGGGUAUGUGUUGACCAACGAAGAUCACUGAUGCGACAAGUCGGCUGACCGUGGCAUGGAAUGACGCCAGGUUGAUUACCGUUCAUUCCUCAAUAAGCUGUGGGACGCCAUGCCGGCCGAGGAGUUCAUCACCAUGAUCUCGGACAAAUCCGUGCUGGGCAACCCGCUGCUGCGGACCCAGCACUUCAUCGGCGGCGCCAGCAAGUGGGAGAAGGUGUCGGACACGGAGAUCAUCGGACACCACCAGCUCCGCGUGCCGCACCAGGUUUACACUGACUCGAGCCUGCAGAAGGUCGAGGUCAAGGGCCACGCGCAUAGUUAUAAUACGCACUACUACCGCAAGGUCGACGGUGUAUGGAAGUUUGCUGGCCUCAACCCCAACAUCCGUUGGUCUGAGUACGACUUCGACAAAGUGUUCGCGAGCGGCCGCGACAGCUUCGGCGAGGCGGCAUAGGCUGGCUGAACUCGGAGGAUUCGCUUGUUAUUGGCAACGAAGUGCGGUAAUAACUAGGUAGAUAGUCUUAGGCACUUAGCACGUGGAGAGGGCCAGGAACUACCUGGACAUGGGCAUGAGCUAGGCGUGGUAGCUGAAAUACAGAGAGGCAUAUGCAACCAAGAAUCAUGGAUUGCAGCGGAUACGAUUCAUGGUGUUGGUCUGUAG